UUUCACAGUUGGUUGCAAUACAUCAUCGACGAAACAUCAACAUACUCAAACUGUUGAAGAAAAUAUAAGGAAAAAGUCCCAUUUCAUUGUGUAAUAAUUGGCAAAAAUGUCGUCAAAAGAUGAACAAAUCAAACAUGUUGACAAAGAUUUGGAUUUGUCAAAUGCGGGAAGAGGUGUAUGGCUUGUGAAAGUGCCGAAAUAUUUAGCAAACAAAUGGGAAAAAGUGCCCGGUUCCACUGAAGUUGGUAAAUUGCGCAUCACCAAGCAGCCCGGACAAAAGGCACAGGUAUCACUGUCACUCAACGAAAACAUCACAAAAAUUGAUCCCGAAGAGCCCAUUCCGAAAGAGCAUUUCUUGGACGUGUCAGUUGUGACGAAGCAAACGUUAGGCGUAUUUUCACACACAGCUCAGGGAAAAAGUGAUGAGACAAAUCCAGAAAGUGAGAAACUAUUUAUGGAAGGUCGAAUCGUUCAGAAAUUGGAAUGUCGACCAAAUGCUGACACAACGUACAUGGCACUGAAGAAGGAGUCAAUUCGUAAAGCUGCCGAACCCGAACGUAAAGUACAAUCAUUGGAUCGUAUUGUACAGAACUUCAAACCGGUGUCCGAUCACAAGCACAAUAUCGAAUACCGUGAGAAACGCAAAGCCGAAGGCAAGAAAGCUCGUGACGACAAAGCCGCUGUUCAAGAUAUGCUGUUCAAUGCAUUCGAAAAGCAUCAAUACUACAAUAUCAAGGAUUUGGUGCGGAUCACAAACCAGCCGAUUGCCUAUUUGAAAGAGGUCCUGAAGGAAGUAUGUGAUUACAAUAUGAAGAAUCCGCACAAGAACAUGUGGGAGCUGAAGAAAGAAUAUCGUCACUACAAGUCUGAAGAGAAAAAAGCGACCGCCACCACACAAUCGGCAAGCGCCACACUGUCUGACAGCGACUAAUCCAACUCAAUACUUACCAUCAGCAUUACUUAUCAUUCACGAUUACCGGACGCGUGAUUAUUUUGAUUUUUUUUCUACAACUUUUUUCCCCUUGAAUAAUUAUAUUUAGGUGUAAAUGAAUAUCACAAUCAAAAACAAAGAGAAAUAAAUGAACAAUACUUUGUAAAGUU